CGUUUGCUCGAUGUCUACCGCAGACCUUGAUAUUGUCUGGCCGCUUACGUUAGCAUCCGAGCUAACGUUCGCUUACGUUAGCAUCCGAGCUAACGCGAGCCGGCGGCUAACACUUGGCUUUUGUUCGAUUUUCGACACGGGCAAUUUACGGAGGGCAUUCUGCCUCCCUUCUCUUACUGCCGCCAUUCAUCCGCGAUAAGAAACCACCGAGUGACAUAUCAGAUUUUAAAAUGGAUCUUUUUUUCGGCGGUGCUUGUUUGCUUUGUGCAAUGCUCCCCGCAGCUUGACAAUUGUUUCCUGCUGCCGACUAAACUCAAAAGCGCUCAUCCACACAGGCUUAUCUUAAAAAGCGCAGAUGAUUUGGAACCUUUUUUUGCUCCUGUAAUGCAUUUUAAGACACCGGUGAAUAUGUUGUGAUGGUUCUGUGUUGCUUUUGUUGUUUUUGAAGCGACCUGAAGCGACACUGUAAAUCGUUUUUGUUCAACUUGUUCGCAAUUGGUAGGUUUUCAUCAAAAUAUCCUGUGGCGUUUUCAUCAAGAAAACACAAUGUAUGGUAACAUAAGAUGUAUUUUUUUUAUUAAUGCACUCGAUUCAUGAGCCACCAGCUAAUAAUAUCGAACUUUUGAUGCAAAGUAACCAUGGUUCAGUUCAAAUUAGUGCAUACACUUGACACUUGAGGUGAAUGCUUACAUUUUUAAUGUAAGAAAAAACAGUAUGACCACAAAAUUAGCAUUUCCUUUUCGAACGUACACAUGCUUUUCGAUUUCGAAGCAUCGCUACUAGCUAACGUCAACCCCCGUUGAGUCCCGAUAAGUGCACAAACUUAAGACUUAAGGCAAAUCCUGACUGUUUUACUGAACUAAAAAAAACACACAAAAAUCUAGAUGACCAUUUCCUUGAACGCAGUCUCACUUUUCAUUUGGUGGUGCCGCUACGUAGGCUAAUAUUAUCUUUUACUUGACGAAAAAUAACCCCGGUUGAGUUCCAAAAAGACUUUAGGGUGAAGAUAGAUGAAAAAUUCGCGAAUAUUUACCCAUUAUGGUUUACGGCCCCCCGUCGAGUAAGCAACUUGUUCGAAAGUGCCUUCGCGAUAACGCGAGUCCCGAACCCCAUAACGAAGAGUCGAUUUACGUUCUGUUUAAUUCACAGUCCUUUUAUUCGUUUCAAUCAGAAGGCUUGUACUUUGUAGCGAGGCAACGACGUGUUCGUUUUCGCAGGCAGGUUCGAGUUUUGUCCCGGCUUAAAUAAAACAAACCUACUAAAAAAAAAAAAAAAAAACAAUUAGCUCGUUGCGUGUUGGUGACGUCAUUUAGAGUCUUGUAGGUGAACUCGACUCAUUUUUUUUUCCUGCCCCUUUUGGGUCAAGUGUACUCUAUGAUAAAGCACGCGGCCCGGAUGACACAGAGAACGAGGUAGAUCACCUCGACUAACUGUUGCACCCUCACCCUCUCUGUUGGAGCAUGGCUCAAGAGACCAAUCAGACCCAGGUGCCAAUGCUUUGCACGAUGGGAUGCGGUUUCUACGGUAACCCCCGCAACAACGGCAUGUGCUCGGUCUGCUACAAGGAACACCUACAGAGACAACAGGGAGGGGGGAGAUCCAGUCCCCCGGGGGAGAAAGCCGCAACAUCGCCGUCGGGGAUGCCGGGACCCGCUGAUGUCGUUCCAGAGAGCGCAGCCCCCGCGCCCAGCACAGAGGCGGCAGGGCGGACUUCACCCGACGAACCAACAUCCAGUGUCAGUCCUGGCUCUGCCAGUCCAGUCACUCAACAGAUGACGGCCAUGAGCAUCUCCCAGGACUCGGCGGCUGUCGACUCGGAUCGAGCCGAGGCUGAUGAUGCCGAAGAGGAGGAAUCGUCUGGCACCUCGGAGCCAGCGGGAGAAGCUGCGCAGACCUCUGAUGGCGAGCAGACUCCUGAUAAGAACAAGAAAAAGAACCGCUGUUUUUCUUGCCGGAAGAAAGUUGGACUCACCGGUUUCGACUGCCGCUGCGGCAACCUCUUCUGUGCCAUCCACCGUUACUCCGACAAACAUGACUGUCCCUACGAUUACCGGAGCGCCGCCGCCGCCCGCAUACGCAAGGAGAACCCCAUCGUGGUGGCCGAGAAAAUCCAAAAGUUAUGAAGACUCGACGACGACCACCACCGCCGCGACGACGACGCGCGCCACGCCUCUCGCUUGACAAUUGGCAACAACGGUGACACCCGAUAUCACGGCUUCGUUCGUUCAUGGCGAUCUUAAAAGCCGGGCAAGGGCGGGGCACUCGCAGCCACUGUUCAGACACUUUCCCCUUUACUAGCAUCUCCACUAGUGACUGAGUCUUUUCUCGAUGAUUGUGUUUGUAUGCGUGUGUGUGUGUGUGUGUGUGUGUGUGUGUGUGUGUGUGUGUGUGUGUGUGUGUGUGGGAGAAGAGCGGCAGGGGCUCGGACAUGCUGCGGGGACGGGAGGCGUUUAAAUUUCCUUGUUGUUGUCGUCGGGGCGGGGUCUUUAAUUUCUCAUCCCAUCCUUGUGAAAAAAGAAGAAUGGAUCAUGAGGUGGAUUGGCCACCAACCAGGGAGCUCAGCGAGACCUUGUUAAGGGCUUCGGAUUCUCUUCUCCACUCGUAGAAAUGAUGUCAACUUCUCCGAUAAUUUUUUUUUUUUUUACACCCCCCCCCUCCCCCCUUCCAGCCUCGCCGCCCUCUCCCAACUUUCUCAAUCACCACACUAUGGACUUUUCCCAGCAUUUUCCAGCAGCGUCUCUCUUUGAUAUCUUGACUUGUAUUGGGUGCAUGAACGGGAGGGCGGGGCUAACUUGACUUAACCGAGUGAUUGAAUAUGUUUAUUUUUAUUUUUUCCUGUUUUAAUGAGCGUAUGACUUCAGAAGAUCUAUAUUAAUAUAUUGUAGUUAGCUUGUGUGAUUGCAUUCUAUUUAUUUUUUAUCAUUCUGGUGGGCCCGCCGGAGGAUGGGCAGCAUGUGUCGAGCAAAUCGUACGCGAUUUGCACUCAUCUUGAUUAUUCGGUAUGUAGAACGGGAAAGUGGGGGGGGGGGGGGGGGCAAGCGGCCCCAGUAAAGGCAAAAAAAAAAAAAGGUCAUUUGGGAUGGACUGAGCCUCUUUCACACAAAGCCCAAAAAUGUGUCCUUAACUCACACCAACUCGUUCAACAUCCCGACUUAACACAUAAUCACAUUGGCGCCCGUUUUGUCUUCAUCUGCAACAUAGACAGCUGCGUUUACAAAAGUUCUGAAGCACUACUUACAGAACAUUAGGGAUGUUUGGCUUUUGGGACUUUCUUUUGGGACUUUCAGGAGGUGAACUUCCAUUUGAGCUCAGCUUUUUUUGGUCCAGCAAGCGGUUUUCUCCAAACAAGGAGCUGAAUGGCAAAAUUCACAACCAUGAACACUUUCAAGGGCGACGACUUGCAUUCCUCACCCGUGAUUCCACUUUCAAGCGACAGAGCUACAGGGGGACUGGAAGUGUCACAGAAAGGCAUAGAUGUGGACAUCCUUGGAAAGCUUCACGUCUUUGUUCAUUUUGCCCGUUUAGUUUCUUGUUAUAGAACAGCAAAAAAAAAAUGUCGCAUUAACCCAAUAACUUAACCUGGGGAUGCAGCUUGCAAUUAUUUUAAUUGAUUAAUCUCGUCUUUUUUUUAACUUGAUGUAUGCAAUAAAAUAAUAUCAAUGAU